AUGCGUUUAGCAUUGGAGAUUGAAGCAAGGAUAGCGAAAAUUGCUCUGGUACAAAAGGAAGAGGUAGUUAUUUCACUUCUGACGAAACACGUCAUCAAUGUUUGCCAAUUAAACUCAGAAGCGAGCAAGAUACUCUGACAUUUCCACCUGUUUUACUUUGGGAAGGAUGAGAGGCAUGAAUGUUCCUUCCUAAAAUACCCCAAUAAGGCAGGUUUUAAGAGGCAAAUUAGUAGACCGUUUUUUACUGGAUUAAUAGCAUAUCCGCUGCGGGCCUUCGUUGUCAACGUUCCUUUUUCUCAGCAAUCAUGUUUCACGUUUGCGCGAGUCUAAAAUUAUGUCUCAGUCCGUCAUCUGCAUAACAAAGCACACUCGAGAACUCACUACUUAGACCUUGAUGGACGCGAGUCACGUAGUCUGUUAUUUUGGACAGUCAAUUGGGAACACUGAAAACCUCUAAUUAGCCGCUGACGUUUCAAGGACGUCAAGAAACUCACCGACAAGCAAUGGCAAUUUUACGGACAAAAUCUCUUGAUAUACGCAGAAGGGGAUUUUUAAUAUGCCCAAAAACGACUUACUUCGGUAAGGGCUUUAAACAUAUAUCGUAUUUUGAAGGUUUUGGUUAAGGCAUUGAACAGACGCCGUCUUUUCAGGCAAUCGAUUGAGAAGCCUGAAAGUCUAGUGUGUCCGCUGAUAUUUCCGGGCGAUCCCUAAGCUCAGUUGAUUUUGCCGCCAGCAAAAAUUACACAUUAAUUUAACGGAAGCAAACUUCUCGUGAUAUGCUUAAGGCGGUAUGCUUAUGAUCGCAUCCGUUAAUUAUGCCCCACAUUUCGUAAUCACCGACCGGCAUCUUGACAUGUGACCCUAUGUAGACGCUAAUUCCUUUGAUGUUCUUAUCGGUGAACGCAAAACAAAUCCUCUUUGCGUCAGUUAGCCUCAUCUCAUAAAAUUCAAAACAGAAAACAUCCACCGAUCUCUCGUAACAAGGCUUUAAAUCACAUGCUUAAAAUUACAAAAUUCGCCAUUUCCCGUGCGUCAGAUGUCAUUAAUUCAACGAGGUUUUGUCAAAAUCGUACAUAACACUAUUUUUUGAUUAAUGUGCUAGUGCGUUCCCAUCUGCUUAAUUGUUUGCAUUGAAAAGUUUUACACAUUUUUUAUAAAUAGUCUUCAGUCCUUUUCUGUGUAUAGUUUGGUUAUCCGUAUUUUCGUGUUUCUUAAGUGAAUUGUUAUUUCUGACAAACAUAACCUUGCGUUAAAAACUUACUUUGAAUUUCAAUGUAGACAGAGGUUGUUCAUUAUUAGUGGGGAAUUUUAAUCGAUGUGUAUGAACCGGUUUCCCGCGGACUAGAAAUUUCGCGUUAUGCCACGCACACUUCAUGAUAUAUACCACCCACUGUAAUGCAUGGUCACAGCGAUUAAAUACACGUCUGGAUGUGCCGGUCCACACAAGCACGCCAAAGGCACUUCGGCAGAACACCAGUUUAUUGUCAUAGGGGUUCGGUGCACAUAUAAAGCAACCGGUGCGGCCUUUCUCUCAAUAAGAGGGGCAGCUAACUUAUCCAGUCAGAUACCGACCUACCAUGCAAAGAUCAUUAGUAAAUCCUGGUAGUUAAAAUUGCGUCUGGCUGCUUAGAUCAAGGAAACGCAGCGCAAAAUUCACUGUCUAUUGGUGUCUGCUUUCUCCUCCUCCUCCUCCUCCUCCUCCUCUUCCUCGUCCUUCUUCUUCUUCUUCUUCUUCUUCUUCUUCUUCUCCUCCACCCCCUCCCUCCUCCUCCCCUCUUCUUCUUCCUCCUCCUCCUCCUCCUCCUCCUCCCCUCCCUUCUCCUCCCCAUCCUUCUUUUUCUUUUUCUUUUUCUUCUUCUACUUCUUCUUCUCCUUUUCCCAGUUUUGUUCUUCUAUAGCGACAACUGUAAGCAUAAGUCAACCCGACCGCGAACAGUCUCGGUGGAAACCCCGGUCCGGCGCGUCUAAUAGCACACAUGCGAUUUCCAUCUUGGAUUAACGCCACAGCUUAGUUCUGUCGUGGGGGCACAUACUUCCACAGCAAAUCAUUAAGUAGGAGUGCCCGACUAACUGAUGAUACCUAUCACUCCACGGGGUGCCAAUCGACCGCAGCACAGCCAUUUUGUCAACAGGCUUUUGAUACGUCUUAACAGUGACAGUCAACGUUGGCAAACCCAUGUAUAUUUUCUGGUUUAAGACCAAGAGAAUUAACUCAUAAGUUGCAAACUCCUAUGUUUUUGUUCUGCUCUUACAGUUAGAGUACGGGGGCCUUCAUCCAGUGAAAUUAUUUGAGAUCUGCGGAGUUAUGGUUGAUCUUUAUUAUGCGUCCUUACUGUUCCACCAGAUGUCGUGCUGCGGUACCCUCCAGUUUGGAGAAAAAUAAUUAGGUCUAAAGAACGCUCCUUGAUUUGCUGUGUCUCCAGAACUAAGAGUGAGCGAAUCUGCGUUGUCUUGCGACGCCAGAAUAAACCCACUACGAACACCUGCAUAACAACAAGGAGUACUUGGCAAGAGAGGAAGGUCCGAAAAGGCGGAAGAAGCUCGUAUCGUCAUAUUAAUCCCGUCGUCUGUGAACCAUAACUUGACCACAGAUCAAGAUUUGGAGUUUUUUGAGAAUGACUGGUUUACUAAGAGUGAUGCCGAAUUCGGAGCACGAUUGCGUGAAGACGAUAAACAACCUCGAACUCGUCAUUUCACGCCCCUUCGCCUUUUGUAGAAACGCUUUUCUAUACUUAAUGUGUAUGUAGACAGUUCGCCUGAACAUCGGAAGUUGCGUAUGCCUUUGCAUCAGGAAUGCUAAUGUAAGAUGUUUUUUUUACUACUUUUACGUUAGUCUGAUUGUCAAAAUUGUGAGUUGGAUUGAGCUUAGGGACGUCAGACAUAAUCAGUUUUAAAUCUAAGCAAGAUGUCAUAUCUAAAGACUCCUAUAUUUUCAAGAUCAGUAUAGACAUUUUGGAUCACAUAGCCUAAUCUAGUUUGUAUUCUUACAGUUCGAUCGCCGUCACCGGAGAUGUCCACGGCUUAGGGAGCGCAGGGGGUAGUGGUUUGCGUGCGAGUUAGUUUGCAAUGAAAGUAGACUAACACUGCGCCUACCGCACUCUCUCCUCACCCACCUGGGUCCGGUGUCAACACAGAUCCAAGAAGAGCGGAGGUGAGGUUGGGUGCGGGUAGCUGUUGCGACGUGAACUUGCCUUUAAGUGUGCCGCCACACACUCUGAUCCACGCACAAAGACCAGGAUUUCACGCAACAAAAAGGGGUAGACGUUUCGGAUGCCAGGCCAGUGGGAGUGUUAUAAAGGUCGCAUUUAUCCGGAGCCAUUACACUCUGACUCUCCAUCCCGGGAAGCGGCCUUCAAGAACACGGAUUUUAGCGAAAAUUGGUAGUUUAAAAGCACCUCGGAUUGUUUGUGUUGAGGAAUAUAUGACGAUAGAGACGACCUCACCUCCUCUUCCCUUUUCCGUGCACUAGUCGGUCACUCGAGUCCGUCAGUUAACUGACGCGGGAAUUGAGCCCGGCGACUGGGCAGAGCUAAAGUCAACCCGUCUGCGCAUGCUUCGCAUGACAGGUUGACCGUCGUUGUGCUCCACAACAAUGUGAUGCAAACACGAUGACUUGGGCGUUAAUUAGUCUAUAAUGAAUGCGGACUUGCACAGCGUCUACCUCACUCUCUCCUCCUCCCACCUGGGCCAGGUAUCGAGAAUGAAUCAAGAUGACCGGAGACGGGGGAGGGCGCGUGUGGAUGGCACGGUCGAGUCCGCACCUUGGCGUUCCACUCCACGUACCCUGGUCCACACAACAAAUGACCAGGUUUUUAAACUAACAACAAAAAGGGUGACUGGCACGGCCGAAGCCGCACCUAGGUGUGCUGUCACACCUGGCUCGAAUCGCACGGAGUGAGAGUGCCGUAAAGGCCACAUUAAGAAGGAGCCGUUGCAGCCUGACUCUCAGACCACCAGCCGGUCGGUCCACAAAAAUACAACACUAGGUCGACCGUAAGGUUUAAGUUAUCACCUCAAUUGGCAGCCUUCCAAGCCACGGCUUUUAGAGCACUGUGACAGCUUAAAAGCGCGUCAGAUUGUUUAUAGUGAGAAGAAUUCGCUGAGCCGUCGACCUCACUCUUCUCCACCAUUCUCAGACCUCAGUCACUGUCCGAGCCGAUCUGUUGAUAGCCGCGGAGAAUGGGCAUGUCACACACACACGCACACACAAACGAUCCGGCCACACCAAACACGCGUCAGAAUGGCGGAGGGGCUACAUAGGGGAGAGUCCAGGGAACGCAAUUCCUACUUGUGUGGAAGGUGCUGGUCCCAUGCUUGUGAUGGAUAAUGAGGAGGAGUUCGUGCGUGAUGAACGUGCUGAUAAGGAGGUAUGUGAUGACAGAGGGUGACCGGAGGAUUUCUACCGUAAGUUUUCCUGGAUGCGCGUGUGGCCUACUAGGCCUAUGCGGUGACUACAUGCGUGUGGACAGUUGAGGCCGAUGCGCCGGUUCCUGUGCGAUCGAUCAACACGGGAUCGUCGAGGCCGGCGCGUGAUGUAUGUUGGUGGUUUGUGUCUUAAUUGUGCAGGAAGAAUGAUGGCGAGAUAAAGCGUCAACAAAUACGCUAUUUUCAUCUGAUGAUGCUCAUGCGUCGAAGUACCGUUUGCAGAAAUGUGGUCGCAUUGCUAGCAUUUUUAAGCGCUUUUACAUAAGCCUUUGAAUGAAACGGCUAAAGCAUUGACGUUUUUUGUCAGGAGGAGAUAUGCUUAAUUUCGCCAACGCACGGUUUCAUUUUAGAACGAUCCUAGAUAUUUACUCACGUGGUUUUCGAUUCCUGAGUUGCCUUUUUCUCAGACAGGUAAUAAAGUUUCCAGAAAACGUAGUACAGUCAGCGUACAGCUAGAGGGACGGCAACUGGCUGACGGUCUGUCACUUGUGACAUCUUGAUUUGCCCUUCCCCCUGUUGCCUGGUCAAACUAACCGCUUUCGACUGACUGUUGUGAGAUUUCAUACCGACAUAAAAUAACUUUCACGCCUUCCCCCAGAAUGCUCGCAGUAGUAGCAAGACCAUGCACAGAGGUUCACAUUCAAGAGAGUCAACAUUCAAUCAGAUAGUAGUUAGCAUUAACUCAAACGAAGACGAAAGCCCGAACGCUGUGUAGUGUGAGGAGAGGCUGAUCAAGCUAGCUGGUUAAAUACAAAUUCUCCCUUUAAUCCAAGCAUCACGAAGAAUCGAGGCCGACGACUAUAAGAGCAGUUCAUUUUUCCAGAUAUCACUACCUAUUUUCGAUCCUUGCAUCCCCAGAAUAAGCACGUUUUCGAGUUAAAGUUGUACCAACAUUAACGAUAGUCCCAACGUCCGAAAUCCAGCAGUUCCAGUCUUAGUUUCGUUUUUGAAGCCUAUGCGGUCAGUCAGCGCGAAUUCUGCUGCGCAAAAACUGGGAAGGCGAGCCAGUGAUGCAGCCUCCGUAAACGCGGAUGUGGCAGCGACCAAUGCAGCAGUGCCUCGGAAGGAGGUCCGACCUCCUGGCCACAACCCACCUCUCAAUGUUAUGAAUUAUCAUUUGCGCCAUAUGUUGAAUUUGAUGCACACCAACCCGGACUGUCGUUAUGCGCCCAACUCAAACAAGAAUCUGGAGAAGGCGAUGGGGUACAUACCGACUCUGCCUGCCGGAAUCGCUGAGGAGCCAGAUCAACUGACUGAAGGUGAGCAGUAG